AAGAUGGCCGCGGAGCGCGGAGUGCACCCGUGGUGACAGCACGUGUUACAGCUGAGUGGCGGUUCGUGUGUUGGAAAAGUGGGUGGGAGUGUAUCAGCAGGAAAGGAAUGAGUUACAAGGUCUUCUGGGAGAGACAUUAGAGUGAAACAACGAGCGGAGAUUCACGGUCAGGACGACUGAAGCGGAUCGACGGGUUGACGCGACGGUAUUGGUGCUUGCGGCCGCAUCGUCAUAAUGCUGGCAGCUGCUGGCGUUUAAACAAUUCGGAUUGACUAUUCAAAAAUGGACGUAAUCGCAUAUAAUCAACACGACACUAGCAGCAUCGCGAGCAGCUCCGAUAGCACUGAGACUCAAUACGACGAAGAGAGCGUGCCUGACAUCGAUGUCGACCUGCUGUCGAGCAACACUAAGCAACAGAACAAAUUACCCUUCCGCAGAAGUUUAUUUGACAAUGUGGCGCCCUACGUUGUCUUUCACUCGUUCGACUGCAAGUUCGACACAGCCCUGCCACGCGAGGUGACGAAGCACAUGAAGUGGUAUCUUAGCACCAUCACGCCAUCAUUAGUGCGUCGUACCGUGCAAAAUUCCGGGUAUCGACUGAUGAAGAAUGGUCGGAAUUGGUGUAGUACCUGGGGCAAGCACAUGAGCUCCGCCUGUUUCAAAACACUGAGAGAAUCCCAAAAAAUCAACCACUUUCCUGGGACUUUUCAGAUCGGUCGGAAGGAUCGACUGUCGCGUAACAUUAGCCGGAUGAUGGUGAAGUACGGCAAGCGGGAGUUCGGCUUCGUGCCGCGCACCUACGUGCUACCUCAGGAUCUGCGUGUCUUUCGUCAAGUAUGGGAGAAGAACGGCGGCAAGGAAAAGUGGAUCAUCAAGCCGCCGGCGUCCGCGCGCGGCACCGGCAUCCGCGUGGUUCACCGCUGGUCCCAGAUACCAAAGAAACGCGCCGUCGUCGUUCAGCAAUACCUCUCGCAACCGAUGCUGAUACGCGACGCCAAGUUCGAUCUGCGUCUCUACGUGCUCGUCACCAGCUUCAAUCCACUCAAGAUCUACAUGUAUCCGGAUGGCCUCGUGCGUUUUGCAUCUGUCAAGUAUAAUGACGACAUCAACUACCUCAGCGACCGCUUCAUGCACCUCACCAACUAUAGCAUCAACAAGACCAGCGCGACUUACACCAACAGCGACUGCGCGGACUCUCGUACUGGACAUAAGUGGACUUUGAGGAGCCUGUGGUCAUACCUUGAGCAGGAAAAUGUGAACGUGGCAAAGAUGCGGGCAUCGAUAAAGGAUAUUAUCAUCAAGACGAUGAUAGCAGGCGAGUCUCCUAUCACCACUCUAACCAGGACCAAUACAACCUCGAGGUAUACUUGUUACGAGCUUUUCGGUAUCGAUAUCAUACUGGACAAGAAUCUAAGGCCGUGGUUGCUCGAGGUGAACAUAUCACCAUCCCUGCAGUCUUCCUCGCCGCUUGACGUCGCCGUCAAGGGGCCCCUCAUUAAGGAUGUCUUCAAUAUAGUCGGAUUCCAAUUGCCCGCAUGCAUACCGGCAGAGGAUGUCGAGAAACUAACCCAAAGAUAUCAGUUAGAUUCGGUGUGCCAAGAUUAUAGAUUGCACCGGACCACCCUCAGCUAUCAGGAGCGACACAAGCAGUCUUCGUAUGCGAACUUGAGAAAUCGGGAGGACUAUCUUGACGAGAUAAUCGACGAUCUCACGCCUGACGACGUUCGACAGCUGAUCACGUACGAGGACGAGCUCACGCAGUUGGGCAGAUUCGAAAGGAUUUUUCCCACCACUACCAGUCACCAGUACUUGCAAUAUUUUGACGUGCCUAGAUACUACAACAUGUUGUUUGACGCAUGGGAGGCCAAGUACGGUGAUAAUCGUGAAGAAGGGAUCUCCCGAUUGCAGAAACUAUGCAAGACCAAGUAUCACCUGGAACAAGUCUUUUAGAUAGCACCUAAAUAUCUCGCCUGUCCCGGACGUUUUACGCCACUGUUUACGCCAAUAGCAUCAGUGAUCAAAAAAGACGUGGAAUUGCGACAACGUUCUCAUUGUCGAUGUUCUAAUUGUAGAGGAUUCGAUUUGUUUUGUAUGUCAGGUGCACUGUAUUACAUACGGGUAAACGUACAUUUCCACGUCCGCUAGCUCGUCACGAGCUAGGUUUAUUAUGUGCCUUUUCCACGGUUGUACGAAUUUAUUUUAUUGUACGAAAUCUUGUCUUUAAUAAAACAUUUUGCAUUA